GGGGAACCUUAAAUGAACAAUCGAUGACCUGGGCUUCGAGCAACGAAGCUUUCUUCUUUCAGUCCUGUUUUCCUUUUCAUACCCGCAACCUUAAAUAAAACCCGUUUUCUCCUCUUUAAACACUGGUUCCCUUUCUACUCCUUCCUGCUUGCCCAUCGAAGAUCAAAGGAAUCUAUCCCACCUAUAACAUCCACAUCCACAUCCACCUAUCUAUCUAUCUGAUCUAACAUUAGAUAAUACAUUCAAGCAACCUACAUCCAUACCAAACAAACAAACAAAGAUCAACACCAAUAAUCAACCAUGGCCUCCGCUGAAGUCUGCCCCGUAGUCGGAACCACCAACCACACCCUCCCCCCAUCCCACCCUGACAUCGACCUCUCCAAGCCCGGGCAAACCUGCCCCGUCGUCGGCGCCAAGUCGGAGCACCACACCAAGCUGCACCAGCACCCCUCCGUCCCCCAGGGCGACGUCUCCUCUGCCACCACCAAGUCCGUCGGCUCCGCCGACGCCUCGGCCUGUCCCGCGCUCAAGGGCGUCGUCAACGAGACCAAGAGCCAGGAGAUGGACGACCGCGUAUGCCCCGUCGUCGGCCCCGUGACCACCGUCCUGCCCCCCGACCACCCCAGCACCGCCAACAAGUCCGACGCCGACGUCUGCCCCGUCACCAAGGCCCAGGUCGGCCACCACAAGGACAAGGUCGUCGUCCACCCCGCCGUCGAGGGUUCCUCCGGCGUCUGCCCUGUGACCGGGGCUCACCAGUCAUAAAAACAUGUGACUGGGAGUGAUGGCGGUGGUGGUGCUAUUGGAAAUCGAUAGGUUGGUCCGUUGGGUAGUUGAUUAAUAGCUAGGCGACUUGGUUGGCUGUUACUCGCUAUCACCUAUUACCUAGGCACGACCCCCAUUAUCUCAUCUGGGAAACCCAUCGAAAACCAACCCCC